AUGUCGGUUCUCUCCGACCAUCUCGAGCAGAUAUCGUACUCAUGUCAAGGCAUUGACGCCUUGCCAUUCCCUCCUCCCAAGAUCUUCACCAACGCCCUCCUAUCCAACUACGACAUCACCUCGCUGAUCCGGGACACGGAAGCGCACGAACGAGCGCUUUUCUCUGUCCCUCCGCCGCCGCCGCCGCCGCCGCCUCCCGCCACGCAGAGCAGCCGAAGCCUCGAGCAGGAGACAAAGGGCGCGAAACGGCGCCAGACCGUCUUCAACGUGGCGUCCGGGGAAGUGACGACGGGGGCCCCCUCUCGCGGCGCCACCAAUCCCCGGCGUCACACCGCCGUGGCCGCCGUCCUCGGCGGCGAGAUGCACGCCCAGCUUCGCAGGGGCGAGACGGACCGCAAGGGCGACGUCGACGUCGAGAUGCUGCUGCGCGGGGCCGAGAAGCUCUGCGGCGUCUACGAGCUGCCCGGGGCGAGGGAGCGCAUCUCGUCACUGCGGCACCAGCACCGCAAUGGGAAGAACACCAUGGCCUACUACGAGGCCAAGGUUGCGGAACAGAGCGAGCGGCUGGCAGGCAUGAACAAAGGCUGGAUGGACAAAGACGGCGGUGCCGGCAUGGAGGGCGAAGAGGACGAGAGCGAACCGUGGACCGAAGAAGACCUCCGUAGAGAGGAGGCGGAGGCGAAACAAAUGGAAGCAAAGAAGAGAGAGCUUCAAGAAAGAUUGCGCCAGAUGGACAAGGAUCUGGGAGGUCUGAUGAACAUGUGA